AUGCACAUGGCUCAGCAAAACGACCCUCAAGAUGAGGAUCUCCGGAUCCAAAUCAUGUCUGCAGGCGAACCUCCGCGUCCUGCCGUCAUCGAGGAGGAUUUUCUAGAUGAUGUAUUUGGCUCUGAUGCAGGAUCCGCCGUCUUUGAUGGCUCGGAACACGGCGCCGAGGCUAGAGAAUCCCACCCGUCCGACACCCGGCGGCUGCAAGCAGAGCACACGACGGCUGGUUAUCGCGACGGCAUCACCGCAGCCAAGGCCAAGAGCAUCCAGGCGGGAUUCGACGAGGGGUUCGGUCUGGGUGCCAACAUUGGGCUCAAGGCUGGGCAGGUCCUAGGAUUCUUGGAGGGCAUCACGAGCGCGCUGCGGGCCGCUGAUCGUGACGAUGGCGGCGGCGGCGAUGACUACCGCGAGGCUCAGCGACAUCUCGAAGAGGCGCGGAAAGAGCUGAGCACAGAUUCAAUCUACGAUGAAAAGUACUGGCUACCCGACGGCACCUGGAGGUUCGAGUUGCCGUCUGCCACGGCCGAGGGCGACGUGGUGUUCGAGGACAUUGCCGGCGCUCACCCGCUCGUGCGCAAGUGGAACGACGUCGUCAAGGAGCAGCUCAGCAAGUGGUCGGUCGACGUGCAGAUCCUUCAGCACGCUGACGAGAUCGGCGCCGCCCCCGCCCCGGAGAAAAAGGAAAUCAAGCUCGAGCAACAGGCUCGCGUGCAACUCGAUUGGUAA